GACAGAGCGGGGGCGGGGGAGCGCUGGUGCGGGCUGCCGUGCUAAUCAAGCCCAGCAGCUGACCUCCCCGGAUCGGGGUCCUGGGGCAAAAUCUUGGGCUCCUGAAGGCACUAGUCUGUCUAAAGGUCACCUUCACAUUCUAGAGAACGAUUGUCACUCCUACCCCACUUUCUCAGAACCGUUCCUCCAUAUUUAGACUUCUGCUGGCCAGUCAGUAAGGCUAACGGCAUAAUACAUAACUACGAUUACUGAGGACUUGCUGCACACUAGGCCCUCUACAAAGCACGUUCUGUUCAUUAGGUCACUACACCGAUACCGCAAGGUGGGUUACACCCAUUUUACAGAUGAGGCCGGAGUGGACAGUCUCCUGUUAUUUUAUUAGACCUGCCCAAGAGUCACGCAGCCACUUCCAGAGCCGUACGCCUGGCAGAAACUAUUUCUGACGCUGGUUUCUCUGGAUUAGGAAGAGAGGCGCUGAAAGGAGUGGGAAUCCUAAAUUCCCACCCUCAGAUGCUUCAAGCAGAACGGGGAUGCUGAGCAAGUUCUCUGGCUACCGCCAGGGGGAGGCAAAGGCCACUCUUAAAGCUCGUCUGGGCUUCAGGAAAGCCCACUGUUAGAAAACUGGGGCUGGAACCAGCACAGGGCACAGCAACUUGAUAGCGAUUGAUCGAUCACAGACACAGCUCGGGACCAGACAACACCCAAGCUGGCCACUCCCGGGAGAAACCCGCCUUUGGGAGUCUAGAUCCCAAGCUCAGAGGCAUCGAGGACCUCAGGCCAGAGGGUUGAACCGGGGCCACUGCUGUGGAGCAGGCUGCUCCUCAGCAUCACCUUAGCCUGAACUGGGGACUGGGAAAACAGCCCUAGAAAAUUGAGGUAGACGCUGAAGAACAAAUCCCAGAAGCCGCCUUCUCCAGCACCGUUUGAAGAGGGAAUAGAAUGCCAGAGAUCCUGAGUCCCCAUUUCCCCUAAGUUCUCUGAGCAUUGGAGUAUCUAGGAGAAAUGCAUGAGUUGGAUGGGAUUUGGGGAGAGCUCAGCCGGAAACAGGAUAUCGUCAAGAGAAGAACAGGUGGAAUGAGUCUGAGACCAGCAGAUGAACAGACAGAAGCCUGAAGACUCCGGGGACCGCUCUGCCUUCCUGUUCCCUGGUCCUUCUGUGUCGCUCAUCGCUGGCUGCAAGCUGCCUGGAGACAAGAAUGAGUGAGAGGACUGCCAGCAACUGGAGCCCAGGCAGCUGGGUGCUAGCACUGUGCUUGGCCUGGCUGUGGACACGUCUGGCCUCUGCUUCCUUGCAGCCUCCCACAGCCGCAGUCCUAGUAAAGCAAGGCACCUGUGAGGUGAUUGCCGCACAUCGCUGCUGCAACCGGAAUCGCAUUGAGGAGCGCUCCCAGACCGUCAAAUGCUCCUGCCUUUCUGGCCAGGUGGCUGGCACUACAAGGGCAAAGCCCUCCUGCGUGGAUGCCUCCAUCGUCCUGCAGAAGUGGUGGUGUCAGAUGGAGCCCUGCCUGCUGGGGGAGGAGUGUAAGGUGCUCCCGGACCUGUCGGGGUGGAGCUGCAGCAGUGGACACAAGGUCAAAACCACCAAGGUCACACGAUAACUCUCGGGGUCAUGGCUUAGGCAGAAAGGACAGCCUUGACUGAGCUCUGGACUGAAGAAUGGCUUCUGGUCACCAGCCAGCACAUAUGAAGACUCACUCACCCGGACAUGGAAUCCCAUGUGUCCCAUGUCAAAUGCAACAUCAGACUUGCCAGGGCCCUGUUAGUCAUGCUGCUUGGCAGAAAUGCUUGGAUCUUUGGCCACAUACUUAGAGACCUGUGCUUUCCUACGAACAAAGGUCAACACAUAUAAUCCUGUCCUUAAGGAAUAUCUUGUCAAACUAGGGAGUAGAUGGCAGAUGAUUUAAACAGUUUAAAGUGUGUGGUA